UCGUUUGGUUAUUUGUGCUAGUUCAUUUUAUGUUCUGACCGUAAAACAUUUUACGGGUCGUAUAAUAGACCGUAAAUCUGAGAUUAAAAUUUAGUGCACUGGAAAUUGCAAGGUGAAAAUUCAUGAGACAGGUGAAAAUUUACGGUCCGUAAAGAUUUCUACGGUGACUUUCACGGAUCGUAAAAAGAAGGCGUAAAGAAAGGAAAGGUUAAAAUACCUGACCUACUUCCCACUCUCCCACACUUCUUCAAAAAUUCGAACUGUUCUCUUUCCCCAUCCAUAACCGACCAUUCUUCCCCUAUAACUAUCUCAUAACGUAAUUUCUCUCUCUUACUGCCCAGGAAACACCAAUCGUCUCCUCUUUCUCCCAUCACAACCAUCCUCAAUUUCAUUUUUGUUGUUUUUUUGGUUUUGUGCAAAGUCUUCAAGUUCUAUCAAGGCUUCAUACUUCCUUCUUACUGGUAUUCUAUGUUUCAUGCUUCAGAUUGAGGGUAGUUUACAUUAGAAGCAUGAAUUUUGGAACCAUGAAUCCCACCUAGGGUUUUAAUUUUUCAAAAAUUAACCUUUGAUGGGUUUGGUGGUGGAAACUGGUUGUUUGAAUUGGUUGGGGGGUUGGGUUUGGUAUGUGUGCUGCUAGUAUAGGAUUGUUUCAACAUUCCAUCGGGUCGGAGGGCAUUUCAACCAUCUAUCUUCAGAAAUGGAGGAAUGAUAGUUAUGCCCGCCAACUGUUCGAUGAAACGCCUCAAAGAAAAGAAUGCGGUGAAGUCUGAGUAACCUCCAUUCAUGAAACUCCCUCAUAGUGUAGAAUUGUGUGAGUGAUAUGGUGCUGAAAUCUAGAAAAUGAGGCACUCAAUGGGUAUGCGUCCGAAGAAUCUAGUCAAAUGAGGAUCAGCCCAAGCAGUUGGUCGAGGUAGAAGCAAAGGCAAACCGAAGGUCGCAUCCCGACUUGGAGAUGUUCCCACUGAUGCCGAAGAGGAUUCGGUUGAAAUGCCUUUGGAGAGACCCACUCGGCAGCUUAGAAGCACUCCGACUUAGGUUUCCUCCCAAUCUGAAGAGGGAGAAUCCUCUUCCUCCUCAUCCGGUGCUAGUGACCAGGGCACUGAACAAGAGGAAAGCCAAAAAUCUGGUAGCCCUGCGCAGUCACAGGCCAGCUCCUCAGAUGACUUUGAAACUCGGAGACGCCAGGAGAUUCAUAUGAAGGAAAGAUCUGAUAAUGCCCUCUGGCUUUCAGUUCCAGGGUCGUAAGAAUUGUUUGAAUAGGGUUUGGAGCGGGUGAAAGCAGGAGGAAAGCCAAGGCGAAGCAUAUGGGAAGAACACCAGAUAAAUUUUCAGGGGUUGGAGGUAUUUCCCAACAUCCUAGUUGUGCUACAUCAUUACAAAUGGGACUUUCUAAAUGAGCCUUUGGGAGAUUAUUUACAGAUUCUUGUUCGUGAGUUUUACGCCGCUUAUGGGGCAACGAUGUUGAAUGCUCAGAACAAAACUUAGAGAAGGAAUAAGCUAAAGCGGUUGGAAGAAGUGGUGGUACGGAGAGUCAAAAUUGAUAUUACACCAGCGGCCAUAAAUUCAAUCUAUUUGGGGCUGAUUAUAGGGCGCCGACGAAUCUAUAUGAGAUUGAUUACAAGAUUGCCGCGUGUCAAGAGGAUUAAAUGACUUAAAUGCCAUGGAUUGUAUUGUUCAUCUCAGCAAAGGCAGAACUACCGUGGCGCACCAACCCAAAAGCUCCAAUCUACAAAAGGGAACUAUCACUAGAAGCCAAGUUUUGGUGGACCAUCAUCCACACCCGGAUUCACCCAACUCAGUUUGAUAAUACACUCACGCUGGACAGAGUAGUCCUUCUAGUGGCUAUAAUGUCCAAAGAUAACAUUAAUCUGGGUCUCCUAAUUGCUGAAGAAAUUCGGUUGCGGGUAUUGCAGCCCCAGACUUCCCUGAUUUUUCCAUGCCUCAUCACCCGGUUAUGCGAAAGGGCUGAUAUUCCUAAAUUCAAACCUCGAGACAAGUACACCAAGGCAGUUCAUGUGUCUGACAUCAUGAAAAGCAAAGAUGAAAUGCUUAAGGAGGAAAGACUUAAGGUUGCACAGUCUACCGCUAACCCUUUUGCCACUUCAGUGCCGGUCCAGCCUGGGUCGCAGGAUGAGCCACUUCCUGACACCACCACGGAUUUUAAAAAUGCGGCUAAUGUUGAGGUGCCACCCACCACCAGUGGAAGUGCCACCACUGCAGCACCAUCUACUUCUCAGCCAGAAACCUCUUCAGUCGGUCCCACACCACCAACAACUCAGCCAUCACCAGCAGCCCCACCGUCUGGGAGCGUGGUCACACUCAGUGUUGAGACAUUCAGAGAUUAUAUGGCUAAUACUGAUCGGGCAAAUGAAUAGGUCGACAAGGUAGUGUCUCGGUUGCACUCGUUUGUUGACAGGUCAAUCAAGCAUGCUUUGAAACCACUACAGGAAUCCAUUAAGAAGUCCUACCAGAAAAUUCACUCUAGAAUUGAUAGGCUCGAGAUCAGAUUUUCCUCUUGACUCGAGGGGAGUCCACCACUAAUGAAAAAAAAAUUCCAAGAGGAGUUAGAAAAGUUGAAGGCCGAUAUGUUGGCUUUGAAGGUGAGGGAUGCCAGUGCUGUGGGAAGCACCUUUUCUGCGCCUGUGGUCAGGUUAGAUUUGCCACCAGUAGUGGAUUUGUUGGUGGAUAUUCUAUCAUCACCAGAGGAUAAAGGAAAGAGGAAGAGGUCCGAUGACAAUGAGGUUGACGAUGAAGAAGAGGACAGAGUGUUCAAGAGAGUCCUCCGCGAGUCUCAGAGUGACACAUAGUUUACUGGGGCUUCUGCCAGUCAUGCACCCCUCCCCGAGGAGUAUGAUUCUGAUCCACUCUCCGUCCCACUUGAUGCUUCCACCCAUGCUCCUAUAGCCAAUUCGUUGGGCUGAGUCAUUCGGCACCACCCAUUGGAGCCAUUGAUUCAGCCACUGUAGAGGUGGAGACACCUCGCGAUGGUCAUAGCGCUUAGUGCGACCCAGGGAGCUCCUACCCUCUGCUUUUAUUUUCUUUUACUUAUGCAUUGGGGAUAAUGCAUACUUUUCAAUUGGGGGUGGGUAGCUCGUUUUUCUUGUAUGUAUGUGUUACUGCAGUUUCUUUUGUGUAGUCAAGUUUAGUAAAGUCCAUGACUUAUAUGAUGAUGGUUUUAUUAGCUUGUGGCAUGUAUGUAUUGUUUUGAUUUGAAAAUGAAAAGGCACCCCUCUAAAAAAAUAGAAAUAGUUGUGUAUAAAUACUUGAAUGAUGAAUGAAUGGGAUGCAUGACUCAUUUGGCGACAUUGUGCGGAUUAGUAAUGAGUUGUGGCCUUGAGUACUGGGUUGAGAAAUGAAAACAAUACAUCAGUUUAGUAACCCGUUGUCAUGUGUUCUGAGAUUUGUUUUUAUCAAUUCUUGUGCAUUGGUGUAGUCUAUAACUUGCCGGAGAGUGUUUCAAGGUGAAAUCCUAAACUACGCUUGGUUUGAAAUAGGAUGUUAGGCUUUCUUUGUACCCUUUUCUGUGCCCAAAUUUUACCUACCCAUGUUUCUUAUCCCUAGGCAACCCUAUUUGAGCCUAUAACCCUUUCUUUGGCACCCUUGUUGCAAGCAUCACCCGCUUUGAUCAUCACGGAUUCAAUUUUUCAAUUACUCAACCUCUUUAAGUGUAUAGGAAGUGCAACAUAGGAGAAAAAUCCUAAGUUGGGGGCGGUAAGAGCAGUGAAAUGAAAAAAAAAAUCUGCAUAAGAUAAAAGGAAGAAUGAGUCUGUGAGUAAAGGGAAGGCUAGUAGUGGAAUGAAAACCGAGGAAGGGUAGGAAAGUGUGAAAGAAGGUAGGAACAAAUGGCUAAACUUAAAGAGGUCUGAGUCACUAUUUCCUAAAUUUUUCCUACCUUAACCCAAAAAGACAACAAUACUACCCGCAAGUCCUAAUUGAUUUCAACCGAGCAUGUUUACAUUAAUGGAGGAGCACUUGAAGGGCAAGCCUAUGGUACCGCGCUAGUGCACUUGUCUUAAGUUAUUUUUCAUAUUUGGACCAUUAUAAAUAGAACCUUUAGGAUUUGUUGGCAUUAUUCUAACUUUUACAUUGAGUAGUGGAGCAACGAACACUUAUUUUAUUGGUGGUGGAAGCUUUUGAGAAGGAGUCUUUCACUUUUUGUCUUCUUCUUCUUGAUUACUCAUUGUAAACUUUAUGCAUUUUACUUACUCUUAUAUUUUAUUUAAUGAAGAUGACUAGCUAAACCCAUUAGUUAAGGUUGUGGGACCAUAAUGUGUUAGUUAUGUGAUUAGGUCUUUAUAUUCCAACCACAUUUGUGUGUUAAUGGUGUUUUCUAUUAACUCUUCAAGCUUUAAUGUCUUUUAAUGGUGACCAAUAAUAUUCGUGCCUAAAUACUUGCACUUUGCUUAAGAAAGAAAGUAAGAGUUAAGAAAAGAGUAAAUAGCAAGGAUUUGGGGGUUUCAAACCCCAUCUAAUAGCUUGAGCUAGAGAUUGGAAAGCUAGUAAUAAAAUGGGUGUUCAUAUAUUCUGCAUUCUAAGGCUUGAGAAAGCUUAGUAAUGAUCCUUAUCGAUUGGGUUGAGAGACUUUUGGUAAAUCCGCGUAGCCCAUAUUUAAUUACAUCUAGACACAUAGAUGAGUUGGAUCGAUACCCAUUUGCAUUACUUUUCAUUGGAACCGCAACCUUAGUCCCUUUACCAAUAGUUUAUAUUUUAUAACAACUCUUAAAUAUUAAUGGUCAAUCUGCAAACCAAUCAUUAUUAUCUUCCCUUCUCCCUCGAAAUAUAGACUAAUAGUCGAGCAUUACACUUAACAAGUAUAUUUCUUCAUUGUAUUCUCUGUGGGAUUCGACCCCAACCUUGUUGGGUUCUAUAUUUGACAACGACUGCUUACUCCUAAUAUUAAAGGUGUAAUUUGGGCGUAUCAGUAUGCUGCUACAUUCUUUUGUGAUAAGUAUUAGGCCGUGAUUAAAGGUCUGAAUCCUCUUUUGUGAUAAGUAUACGCUGUGUUUUUGUUGUCGUUCAGUUCUUUCGGAUCAAUUACCUUAUUUGUUGUUUUGCAUACUCUAUUAAAAGUGAAUAAAAAUCUGAUUGGACAGUUUAGAUGUUAUGUGUAAAGUUAUUUCCUGGAAAUAUAUUGAAGUAAUUCCAUCUCAAGGUUGUGUGUGUUUACUAUCUAGUUAUGUUAUCUAUUUGUUUCGGAGACGACUCUAAUCCUUAUUUUUUUUUCUCUCUUUUAUUUCUUUUUCAUGCAACAGUUGGGAGCAUUUGGAGUUAUGGCAACUCUGGAUUCGGCCUAGAUCAGUGAAAAAACUAGUAGCAGCCUCCUUUGCUUGUGUCUAGCAACCUUUGUUCAUGUCAAAGAGUCCACGCCCUUCUUCCUUUCUUUAAAUUUUGUGUCCUUGUAUCCAUAAGAUAUUACAGCCUUUGACUAACAUUUUGUGGUUUGUAUUCAUAGCUUAUCUAUUUUUGCUUAUAAGCGAAACUCUCAAGCGAUGACAAAGUCUGAUACUUUAGUUUUCUAAAAGGAAAAACUGACUUUCUCUUU